CCUAGGGUUACAAAGAAGCCCAUGAAGAGCUGGCAAGUGCAGAAAAGGGGAACCUGGUACAAUUACGUUGUCUCCAGCAAAGCUCAUAGUGCUAGAAACAAGGUAAAUUGCUGUUGAAACUUUCUUCCAAGCAUGACUACCCUGUGCCUUGCUACGACAGAUAUUUAGAAAAAAACGUUUCAGAACAAGUGUCUGGACUGGAGUUACGGUAAGGCCAGGUGCCAGCAUUUCUCACUAUGGAACCUCUCAAAUCAGACCUAACAGAGGAUUUAAGCAGCAUAUCACCUGUGCUAGUUUGGGUCAUAAGGUCGCAUUUCUGUUUGUGGUUGGUAAGGGCUGUGAGUUUGGACAGAAAAGUAGUACCUGCUAAAAUCACUAUGCUUCGUUUAAACAUAGAGUUGGUAAGCUGAUUAUGGAAAGAGUUUGUAGUAGGAAAGUAAGGUUGAGGAUAGGUUAUACUGUAAGUUCGUGUCUCUAGAAAACUCUGAGAAAGGACUCCCAAAUCAGUCAGAAAAAAAGAUGAAUUAAGGUAUGGAUUGUGCUAGUAAGUGUCAUGGGCUAUAUUUAGUCUUUGGGUGGUGAAAGUCUAAACCAAAGGAAUAGAACUAAUGAAAUCUAGAGAAAUUUCACUGAUUAAAAAAGAUACCUAACAUUUUGGAGCUAGUGCCAGCUACUGUGGGGUGAGCCUAUUAUCUAUGUUACCAAAAGGAUUCAGAAGAAACCAGACUGCAUAACCCACCAAAAAAUUACAGGUUAGAAUUCAGGAUUUGUUUAAAUUAGCUGACCUUAUAUUUGCUAAACUCCAAGAUCUGAGAAAAUUGUAUAUUCAAAAAGUUAUGAGCUCCAACAACAAAGGCUAGCAAUGUCAGGGGCAACAUUUAUACUGGCAGGGUUCACCUAGGUUUAAGUUCUGAUUAGGAAAAAGAAAUGGUCCUAGUUUAAAAAGGCUAUAAGGUAUGGGCUCCAAAAUGCCCAAAUUUAUAUGUGGCUAGGUAAUCAUUCUUGAACCAGCCCAAUUUCUGUACAUUCCAAUCUGAAGCAGAUGAAUAAUAGAAAAUAGCUUUCAGGACUGCUGCUGAGGAAACUGUGAAAUCUGGGGGUGUCCCAGUCAAAUGAGAUAGAAAUACAGUUGGGUAGAAGUGCUACUCACCAGAAGUAAUAGUUUAUACAAGAAUAAUGCAACUAAUACUUGGUCUCAGCCGACUUUGCUUUGGGUCCGGUGUGGGGAGAAAAGUAAUUAAUGGCCUGACAGCAAUUUUCAAGCUUUACCAAGUUUACAUUGCUCUGAAAUCAUCUAAAUAGCACUUAAGUAAACUAAAACUAGGAUAAAUUCCUUGGCUCUGGUAACAAAUUUAUUAGUGAGUAGCUUCCAUGACAAACUGGCUGGUACCUGGGAUCACAAGGUAGUGCUUAUCCGGAGCCAAGAGAGAAUGUACCCGACUGGAGAAAAAUUAGGCGGGGCAUCGUAAGGACAUCCACGAUGACAGAGGCUUAUGGCAAGUGUUUGACUGAGCACAGGCGGGGCUGCUGUAUUGUCGUUCAUAGCAAAAAGGACUGCAAUUAUCUCUGCACGUCAGUCUCCCAUCACACGGAUGUACCUUAAAAGUGCUAUGGCUAAUGUAAAGACAGAAGAUGAAAUAAUCCUCUUUGAAAAAGAAAUGAAUGAGUUUUGGACCAAAAUAAAAAGCAUUUAUGGCACAGAACAGAUCAAUCAGACUUUAGCACUGAGGGAUUCAUGCAAGGAAUCCAUAAAAACACUUUCAGAGAAAUGGUCCAAGAAGCUGAAAGAAGGGGACCUGAUGAUUGACAAAAUUCAGGAGUAUAGCAAUGAGAUUCUCCAGCAGAGCAAACGCAUAUCAGAAAAUCAAGAGCAUUUGACAGAAAUAAAAUCUAACCUAAAUCAAGAACAAGAGCAAAAGAAGGACUUGACUGACAGCAUUCAAGAGCUUAAGGAAGAGUUGAUGAAGAAAAAGGAAAUAAUAUCUUCUAAAAACAAAGCCACUAAGGAGAGAGUGGAACGACUGUGUAAGUCUAAAGUUCUCUUUGAAGAGCGGCUUGGAUUGGAGAUACGCAGAAUUCACAAUGAACAAUUACAGUUUAUAUUCAGACACAUUGACCACAAAGAUCCUGACAAGCCAUAUGUGUUUACCCUUUCCAUAAAUGAACAGGGAGAUUAUGAAGUGACUUCCUGUACCCCUCCUCUGGACUGUAUAGCAGAGUUCCAGCUCAAAGUGAGAGAAACUAAUAAUUUUUCUGCGUUUGUUGCCAACAUCAGAAAAGCUUUCACUGCUUUAACUUAUAAAUAGUCUGCAUAGAACUAGUUUGUAUCUCUCUUUCUAGCUGUAGAGCACUCACUUCCUUCCUGUAUUGUGAGAGUAUGUAUUUAUUCAUGUCUUACUCUAAUUUCUAAGAAAAAAAAAUGAAAACA